UUUUUGCUGCUGGUGCAGAAAAACUGAAGUGGGGAACUGAUUUACUGAACCAGAAGGGCUACCUGUCACGCGGAAGUAGAAGCAGACGCAUAACUAGGACAACGUUAUAACAACUGAAGGAGAAGUUUUCCAUUGUUUGGCCACCGACAGAAAGCCACUCAUCUACGGAUCACUUAAAAGCAGCUAAGCACAGGCUAAAAUUCGUACGUAUCUUCCUUUGCCAUGGCCACCACCCAAGAUGUGAGGCUGCGAGUUUUCUCUCUCAAUUGCUGGGGUGUCCGCUAUCUCAGCCAGCACUGUACGCCACGCUACCAGAUGAUCGCUGACUUGCUUAAAGAGGAAGACUUUGAUCUCAUACUGCUGCAAGAGGUUUACAGUGAAAAGGACUAUCUGUUCCUGAAAAGGGCCCUGUCACACUGCAAUCCACAUUCCCACUAUUUCAAAAGUGGUGUCAUAGGAAGUGGACUAGCUCUUUUCUCCAAACAUAAGCUACUCGAUGUCUUUCUCUACCGCUAUUCUGUCAAUGGAUUCCCCUACAAGGCUUUCCACGGAGACUGGUAUGCAGGCAAAGCAGUUGGAAUGGUAGUUGUCAACAUUGGUGGAAUGAUAGCACAUGUUUAUAUCACACACCUACAUGCAGAGUACAGUCGAGAGAAGGAUGCCUACCUUCCACACCGGGUGGCACAGACCUGGGAGUUGGUGCAGUUUGUACGCCUAACCUCUGCUGCUGCUGACCUUGUCAUAUUAGGAGGUGAUCUGAACAUGCACCCAAGUGACCUUGGAAUCCGAUUGCUCCGAGGCUACACAGGCCUUGUGGAUUGCUAUCAUGCUACUCAGAAUUUCCAGGGUUGCCCCGAUGGUGCCACAUACAUUCCUCAGAACCCUUUCACCAGCAAGAGCGAACUGGAGACUUUCCCAAAUGGGAUUCGCAUCGACUACAUUUUAUUUAAGGGUUCUGCCACGCUUGCAGCUAAGUGUGACUCUUUCUCAACAACUAUGGGCCAUGUACCCGGACAGCCAUUUCCUUAUUCAGACCAUGAGGCAUUGUCAGUCAUGCUGCUGGCACAGAGACAACAGAAGAAGCAAGAGGAGGAGGAGGAGGAGGAGGCCAUGGCGAGCUCAGAGCUGCUUGCCAACCUCAUCGACACCGUGAAUGAGGCCCGUACAGAGGUGAAGGUGGGCCUGCACCACAUGGAGGGAAUGCGGCACACGGCCAUGCGAAUGGGAAUCAUGGGUCUGGCCCUCCUCCUGCUGGAGAUGCUCAUUGCCCUCGUGCCUUGGCUGGCUGUCAGUACAGAGCAGGGCUUUCCUCGGGCCACCUUUUACCUGCUAGGCUCACUCUCCCUUGUGACACUGGUGCUCACAGGCGUCCUCUACAUAUUCUACUCCACUCAGGUGAAGGCGUUGCACAGCACGGAGGAGCAGAUGAGGCUGGCAGUCCUUCGACUUCAGGAGCAAGUGACAAGUCGUGGUCCCCAUUCCAGGUAGUAUGGUGGAACCUUGAAUUUGGUGACAGUGGCUCAUGAGGGCUGCACAGUGCAUCUGCAAUCUCCUUCAUUUCAAUUUUCACAUUUCUUGAAAAAUGAAAGUGAUACUAGAAACAGGCACUGUGACACAGGUUCAGACAAGUCCCCAUCUCUGCCAUCACCUUGGCUCUCUUUGAAAGGUGAUAUAUGCAAUGCCCUCCGUGCAGUACAGCUCUCCGUUGUUUUUAUUUUUGGUUUUGGUUUUUUUUUUACAUAUGAAGGCCAAGUCAGACUUUCCAACAUUUCUCAAAGAAGCUCAUGGGUUUGCAACAUGCAGUGGGCCUUUAUCUUUAGAAAAGAGUUCAAAAAGAAAUGGCCUGCUGCUCCGCAUUCUUUUAAAAUGGCAGCUGUAGUGGAUCUGCUGUGACUGGACGUUAAAAUCCAUUUUUGAAUUCCGAUGAUCAGACAGCCAUCUUUAGACUCUGUCCGUUUAAAAGAAGAAAAAUCAAAUCAGCUGCCUGGCUCUCAUUA